CCUUUGAUACGCAUUUGCCAACGUAGCUAAGUCUAUCUCGGCUACGCACGUUUGAAAGUUCGCCCGAGUCGCAGCUGUCAACCCUCGCAAAGAAGAGCAGAGACAUGUUGUUGCUCUACCCCACAACCUAAAUUCUGUAAACUUCAUUCCUGGCCAGGCUGGCGCAUUUGGUGCCUGGUCAGUGCAAGAAAUGACUCGGACGAAAGGCGCGUCUCAAGCGGCGCGACCGCACGCGGCUGUCUCAAAGGACGAGAAUGAGCCAAUGAAGAAGGCCGCCGUCGGCAACAAUCAACCUGCUGGCAAGCGGUCGCGGGAGGUGCUAUCGCUGCUGAACACGGCAGUCCUGUUGAACAGCGGCACGGAAGUGGGCGGAAGGUCGCGGGGUCGCGCGUCUGUCGCUGAAGCAAGGCCGGAGCAGGACCAGCGGCAGCCUGCAGGGCGAGGCAAGAAGGGCCUGUCAGCACCGCCGGCGCCAGCGCUGCCGUUUGCCGCUUCCCAGCAGCAGGAGCCGGUGGUGCCAGGCGACAAGCGUGCGACUGCGGUGACGAGGACGGACAAGACGCGUUUUGUAGCCGCAGAUGCAGGGGCAGAAACAGCGCCUGCCGCCGAGCCAGCGAAGGCGGUGGCGGACAAGCGCGGUGCACCGGAGCACGCGGCCGGCACGCACCAGCCCGGCGCUAAGAAGCGCAAGGUCAGCCGCAGCUCUGACAGCGGCCAAGACGAUGCUGAGGCGCCCCAGCCUCAAGCCCAGGCAGCCAAGCCAAAGCAAAAGGGCUCUGGCAACGCAUCCGCCGCUGCUGCAGCAGCUGCUGCUGAAGCCGCUGGCACCAGCGUAGUCCCAGUGGAGGCCGGCGCUGAGAAGAAGCGCAAGUCCAAGAGCAGCGGUGACGGCAAGGCUGCCCUCGAGCAAGAUGCCGGCGGGGCUUCUCGCCCCGGCCAGCCGUCAGCUGGUGGGCGGUCGUCCAACGACGGCUCGUCUGCGCCAGCGACAAAUUCAGGCGCAAGCCGGGCGGCGGCAGGGGCCGGGGCCGGGAAGCAGCAGGCCACGAACAAGCAGGCAGAGAAGGCGGCCAGCAAGGCGGCAGGCAUUGCAGCGGCGGCCGCUGCUGCCGCACCGCCUGCAGAUGUGCCCCUGGCGGAUGCACCUGCCAAGGACGCGAGCGUGGCAGGACCGUCAGGUUCGGUGGCGGCUGGCAUCCCGGCAGCCCAGCUGGUGCCCCAGGCUGAGGACGGCGCGGGCGCCAAGCGGACAAGGAAGCAGGCCGCAGCGGCCGCGGCAGCCCUGCAGCCGGCAGUGAUGGAGGCCCCACCGCCGGUGCCGCAGGCAACCGCAGCGCCACACGCUCAGCCUGCAGCCGCGCUUGCCCCAGCACCCGCGCCUGCUCCCGCCCCUGCGCCCAUGCCUGCCCCUGCACCCGCGGGCACCGCCGCAGCGGCCCCCGUCCGCCGUGCGAUUGCCGCAGCUGGCGAGGGUACACCUAGUGCGACCACCACGACUGCCGGCGGGGCAGGGGUGGCUCGGCAACUGCCUGUGACGGGAACGACGCCUGUCAAGAUUGUGACGAUGCCCAUGCCGCGCAUGGACGAAGUGGGGCAGCGGGAGCGCAGCGCGGUGGUGGAGCUGCAGCGCCAACUGGUGGAGCUGCGCGGUAUGUACGACGAGCUCAAGUCGACCAAGAUCCACGAGCUGGAGAAGGUCCUGGCGGAGCAGGUCCAGUAUACGGAGGAGCAGGUCCGCCACGCGGAGCAAAAGGCCAAGCUGUGGCAGGCGGCGGCGGAGCACGCGGAGCAGAAGGCCAAGGCCGCCGGCAGCGAAGAGGUUGCCAGCCGCAUUGCCAGCCUGGAGGCCCAGGCACAGCAGCUGCUGGCUGAGAAGGGCGAGCUGCUGCUCCGAGUGGCGCAGCAGGAGCGCGAGCUGGCGCAGACGCAGCAGGCGCUGCACGACAUGCGCGCGGAGCUGAUGCUGGCGGGCCAGGGGCAACAGCAGCAGCAGCAUGAGGGGGGCGAGGCGCAGGUACUGCAGCUGACCGGCGCCGGAGACGGCGCGGCCGGGGCGGCGGGCGCAGCGGCACGCGGCGGUGACGCAAUGGAGGUUGAUGACGCGGGUGGCAACGGACGCGUGGCACAAGGCCCGUCACCGCGGCAGGUGCACGGUGCCGGGGCGACACCUGCCGACGCGAACGGGGCGGCGGCCGGGCGCAGCGUGCAGUUCCCUUCCAUCACGCCCGGCCCCGGCGUGCUCUUCCCCACGCCCGGCACCCAGCUGGUGCGCAUGCGGGGCUUUCUUGGCAGCGGCAUCGGAGGCCAGUCCAGCGGCGAGACGCCCAGCGCCACCGGCCCGGGCGUCAGCACCGAGUGCCUGCGCGUCGUCAACAUGCUGCCCUCGCUGCGUGCCGUGUCGACGGAGGACGGCGGCUCGGCGCCGCUGUCGGGCGCGGCCACUGGCGGCACCGGCCUCAACACGCACUGCCAGCGCGUCGUCAACAUGCUCCCGCAGCUCAGGGCGCCCACACCGAGCAUCCAGUCCCGGCUGGCGUCCGGGGCGGUGCCACUGGCGCUGCAGUCGGAGGCGGCCGCCGCGGCGGCGGCAGAGGGCGCCACGCCCGGCCCCUCUGGUGCGACCGGUGCUGAGCAGCCGGCCGCCGGCAACAAGAGCAGGCGUUCCAACGGAAGUCCCAUCGACGGCAUCUGCGGAGCCGACCAGCGCAAGGCCGGCGCCCAGCCCGCCGCCACCAGCGCCGCCACCGCUGCUGCCGACAUGUCGUUUGCGCACGCCAUGCGCGCGCCGGAGGCGUUCCACAUGCCCGCGCGUCAGCAGGACCAGUACAGCUUUGUGGACCUGAACCCUGCGUCGGCCCGCAAGGGCCCGCCGCCCACUGAGGGCCCCCUGGCCGCCCAGGUUGCGCUUGCUGCGGCAACUGCUCUGCCACGCUCACCCGUGGCGGCGGCGCUCGCCCGCAGCCCCCUGCUGCCGCGGGCGUCGCCCGCGGCCCGGCUCCUCCUGUCGCCCUCUGGACGCGUAUCCAUCCAGGCACCUGGCCUUGCGGGCUUCAGCCCUCGGGCUGCGGCUGCUGCCGCCAUUGCUGCUGCCAGGGCGGCGCUCGCGCUCGACUCUGGCAACAACAGCAACCAGGGCAGCUGCUCCGGCCUGGUCGCCCGCGCGGCGGCGCAGCAGGAAUGCGCGCAGGAGCCGGAGGCUGCAACCGGUGAUGGAUCGGCCACCGCCGCUCAGGGCGGCACCGGCACGCCCAUGUCCGCGCGCAAGCUGCCGGCGGCUUCUGCGGCGGCGGCAGGGCCCGGCGCCGACCAGGCGGCGGCGCCCGUUGAGCUGCCGGCGGCCCUGUCGCCUGCCGCCAAUGCCGGCCAGCCAACAGCCCAAGCCCAAGCGGAGCUGGCGAUGCCAGGGUCGCCCUCGCCGCGCACCGCCAAGCUGAUCAUGUACGAGCGCAUGCUUGACUGGCACGUUGACACGGUGUCGCUGCGCCCGGAGGCAUGCCGCCUCACGCACCUGGGCUGCGGCAUGUCCUUCGAGCUGCGCGAGACGGAGCUGGAUGAGGAGGAGCUGGCGGACCUGGCGGAGCAGUCCGACGCUGUCAUCCUGCCCGGCACCAAGUUCUUCCAGUACACUCUGCUGCAGCCGGGCUCGGCAGGGGACUGCCUGCCCGAGCACCUGAAGGAUGAGAUCAAGAUUCCUGCGGACCAGCGCCGCCCCCUUCUGCACGAGCUCGACAAGGCCAUCAAGGCGCACCUGGCGAACCAGCAGCCCGUAGCCUAGCCGCAUUAUGUCUGGCACUGUGGCGUAGCUGCGCUUGGAAGCAUGACAACCGGAGAUGUGGAAGCGGGGCUGGGUGUCUGUGUGUACGGUGCUGUGACACUCUUCGGCAUCCGUGCUGCCGUAGGGAAAGGCCCGUGCCAGCCUGCAAGGGUUGCGUUGCGUGGCCGUGAAAGAGAAGGAACGGCGAUGAGAUGUACCGACGCGCUCGUGGACUGUCGCUGACAUUACGUGCUGACAUAGUGACGUGCGCCUGGCAAUAAUGCGAUGGGACGUUUGCCAUAUAGCAAGACAUCUAUCCAGUAGAUUCGUGGCACGCCUAUACCCUGCUUAUACCGAUCAGACUUGUGCUGACCGUUCUGUGCUGGCCGGGUACUGCUACUGUUGUGUGACUCCGAACAGGCUACCCUAGCGCCACCGCUCUUCCUAAUGAGCUGAGUUGCACGUGAUGACCGAACAUAAGCAGGCCCAUCAGGGCCUGGGCACAUUGUGAUAAUCACAACAGCUCACAUUGCUGUGUAAGAAUGGGCGGCCAUGGAAAUGCGGUAGACUGCUCUUUCACCUUUGACUGAUUGCCUUUCACCAGCUGCCAUGCAUUUGAUGGCCAUGGCCAAGCCUUACCAGGGAUGCGUAUGCUUCACUACUUGCGUCGUGCAGCCGCAUUGCUAAUUUAAGGG